AGUUCAUCCUGAGGGGAACAUGAAGGGCUGAAACACUUUUCAUGACAAUCCAUCCCAUAGUUGUUGAGACAUCCAGACCAAAGAGCUGGACAGACAGACUGACAGGAUCAUCUUUAGAGCCGAGCUCAUGCUGGAUUAAACAAAUCCACACAGAUGAUGGCACCCAGAGAGAAACAAUACUGUGAACAAACUGGACCCAAAAACAUGAAUAUACAUGAACUCUGACUGUCUCCCUCCAGUUUGUGGCGCUGCACCGCACAACAGCAGGAUCGUAGGAGGGGCGGAUGCUCCUCCCGGGUCGUGGCCCUGGCAGGCCAGUCUGCAGAGCAACGGAUUUCAUUUCUGUGGAGGCUCCCUGAUCAACAAACAGUGGGUCCUGACUGCUGCUCACUGUUUCAACAGUACCCUCCCUGAUCUCACCGUUAACUUCGGUCUUGAUGCCCUAAAGUUGUCGAAUGCAAACGGGAUGUCCCGGACUGUGUCCCAGAUCAUCAAGCAUCCGAACUUUAAUCAACCCACGCUCAAUAACGACAUAGCCUUGCUGCAGCUGUCCUCACCUGUUAACUUCACCAACUACAUCAGACCUGUGUGUCUGGCGGCGAACGGCAGCAUCUUUAAUGCUGGGACGACCUGCUGGGUCUCCGGAUGGGGGAACAUCGAAACUAACAUUUCACUUCCUUCCCCAAAGAGGCUGCAGGAGGUGAGUCUUCCCAUCGUGUCCAACAGUGAUUGUAACGCUACCUACGGUGGUAUAAUCACAAACAACAUGAUCUGUGCUGGUGUGACCCAGGGAGGAAAUGGCACCUGUGACGGGGAUUCAGGCGGCCCGUUGGUGACUAAAAUCGGCUCUGUCUGGGUCCAGGCUGGAGUGGUGAGUUUUACAACACGAAAAGGCUGUGCCGCAUCUAAUUUCCCACAAGUCUUCACCCGAUUGUCCGAGUAUCAGUCCUGGAUCAACAGCCAGAUCACCACCAACCAGCCGGGCUUUGUCCUCUUUGGAACUGCUCACCUGGUUUCCCUCUCGGUUCCUCUGCUGCUGUCCAUCUUACUUGUUGACUUCUACAUCUCUGUCCUAUCAUUUUGUGGCACUGCACCGCUCAACAGCAGGAUCGUAGGAGGGGCGGAUGCUCCUGCAGGGUCGUGGCCCUGGCAGGCCAGUCUGCAGAGCAACGGAUUUCAUUUCUGUGGAGGCUCCCUGAUCAACAAUCAUACCCUCCCUGAUCUCACCGUUAACUUCGGUCUUGACACCCUAGACUUGUCGAAUGCAAACGGGAUGUCCCGGACUGUGUCCCAGAUCAUCAAACAUCCGAACUUUAAUCAAGCCACGCUCAAUAACGACAUAGCCUUGCUGCAGCUGUCCUCACCUGUUAACUUCACCAACUACAUCAGACCCGUGUGUCUGGCGGCGGGCGGCAGCGUCUUUAAUGCUGGGACGACCUGCUGGGUCACCGGAUGGGGGAACAUCGAAACUAACACUGCACUUCCUUCCCCAAAGAGGCUGCAGGAGGUGAGUCUUCCCAUCGUGUCCAACAGGGAUUGUAGGGAGGUCUACGGUGGUAUAGUCACAAACAACACAAUCUGUGCCGGUGUGACCCAGGGAGGACAGGGGACCUGCCAGGGGGAUUCAGGCGGCCCGCUGGUGAAGAAUAACGGCUUUAUCUGGGUUCAGGCUGGAGUUGUGAGUUUUGGAUCAGAUCAAGGUUGUGCCGUGCCUAAUGUCCCACAAGGCUUCACCCGAGUGUCCGAGUAUCAGUCCUGGAUCAACAGCCAGAUCAGCACCAACCAGCCGGGCUUUAUCACCUUCACGGAGAACAGUUCAGCCUCUGGGAGCGGUACAACCUCUGGGAGCGGUACAACCUCUGGGAACGGUUCAACUUCUGGAACCUCUCACCUGGUUUCCCUCUCGGUUCCUCUGCUGCUGUCCAUCUUACUUGUUGACUUCUACUUCUCUGUCCUUUCAUGUAUCAGCGCCCGUAAGCCAGAUUGGGAGCACCUGGCCCAGACGCUGAUCGUAGGAGGGGCGGAUGCUGUUCCCGGGUCGUGGCCCUGGCAGGUCAGUCUGCAGACCAAUGGACUGCAUUUCUGUGGAGGCUCCCUGAUCAACAACCAGUGGAUCCUGACUGCUGCUCACUGUUUCAACAUCCCCACUCCCAAUCUCAUCGUUUACCUCGGCCGUGACACCCUGAACUUGUUGACUCCAAACGGAAAGUCCUGGACUGUGUCCCAGAUCGUCAAGCAUCCAAACUAUGAUAAAGAGACGUUCAACAACGACAUAGCCUUGCUGAAGCUGUCCUCUCCUGUUACGUUCACUGACUACAUCAGACCCGUGUGUUUAGCGGCGGACGGCAGCGCCUUUAACAUUGGGACGACCUGCUGGGAAACAUCAAAACUGAGACCACAGCAGAUUUCUGACUUCCCGUCACUAGAAUCCCAAGCCUCUAAUGAACUGUUGCCGCCCCCUACCUCUGCUGAACAGCCACCUCCUGACUCUGUGCAGCCUCUUGUUCCCACUGCCUUGCCUCAGAAGAGGAUGUUCUGCCCCCUGAACAUUUUGAACUGUCCACUUCUGUCCACUAACCCCAUUGAGCUGCUGUUCCACUCAGGGGAUUCAGGCGGCCCGUUGGUGACUAAAAACGGCUCUGUCUGGGUCCAGGCUGGAAUCGUGAGUUUUGUAGCACAAGAAGGCUGUGCCCUGCCGAAUGUCCCCGAAGGCUUCACCCGAGUGUCCCAGUAUCAGUUCUGGAUCAACAGCCAGAUCAGCAUCUCUGGAGCCGCUCACCUGGUUCCCCUCUCGGUUCCUCUGCUGCUGUCCAUCGUCCCUGUUCUCUUCUCCUUAAAAGAGACGACAGAAGAGAAGAGAGAGAUCAGAAACUGGUGCACAACAGCAGGCUCGGGGCCAAAGAAAGUGUUUUGGUUUGUUGUAAAAGAAGGGCGUGUGCAGCCUGUCCAGGCGGUUUAUCCACUGAUGACAAGACAAAAUUGGGAGAAUCUCACCACGGAGGUCAAAAUGUUGGUUUGUGGCGUUGUGCUCAUCAUUUUAGCGGUUACAGGAAGUAAUGCACAGUUAGAUGUUUGUGGCACUGCGCCGCUCAACACCAGGAUCGUAGGAGGGGCGAAUGCUCCUGCAGGGUCGUGGCCCUGGCAGGCCAGUCUGCAGAGCAACGGAUUUCAUUUCUGUGGAGGCUCCCUGAUCAACGACCAGUGGAUCCUGACUGCUGCUCACUGCUUCCCCAGCACCCCAUCCGGUCUCACCGUUAACCUCGGUCUUGAAGCCCUAGACUUGUCGAAUACAAAUGGGAUCUCAGGGUCUGUGUCCCAGAUCAUCAAGCAUCCGAACUUUGAUAGCAAGACGCUCGAUAACGACAUAGCCUUGCUGAAGCUGUCCUCACCUGUUACCUUCACCAAGUUCAUCAGACCCGUGUGUCUGGCGGCGGGCGGCAGCAUCUUUAACGCCGGGACGACCUGCUGGGUCACCGGAUGGGGGAGAAUCCAAACUGGAAUUUCACUUCCUCCCCCAAAGACCCUACAGGAGGUGAGAGUUCCCAUCGUGUCCAACAGUGAUUGUAACGCUGCCUACGGUAUAAUCACAAGCAAUAUGAUCUGUGCCGGUGUGACCCAGGGAGGACAGGGCACCUGCCAGGGGGAUUCAGGCGGCCCGCUGGUGAAAAAUAACGGCUCUGUCUGGGUCCAGGCUGGAGUGGUGAGCUUUGGAUCAGAUCAAGGCUGUGCCGUGGCUAAUGUGCCAGAAGGCUUCACCCGAGUGUCCCAGUUUCAGUCCUGGAUCAACAGCCAGAUCCCAACCAACCAGCCGGGCUUCGUCCUCUUUGGAACCGCUCACCUGGUUUCUCUCUCGGUUCCUCUGCUGCUGUCCAUCGUACCUGUUGCCUUCUCCUUCUCUGUCCUUUCAUAUCUUAUCCUCAAAAUUGAUGUUUGUGGCUUUGCGCCGCUCAACACCAAGAUCGUAGGAGGCACACCUGCUUCUGCAGGGUCGUGGCCCUGGCAGGCCAGUCUGCAGAGCAACGGAUUUCAUUUCUGUGGAGGCUCCUUGAUCAACAACCAGUGGAUCCUGACUGCUGCUCACUGUUUCCCCGGCCCCGAAUCCAAUCUCACCGUUAACCUCGGCUUUGACGCCCUAGACUUGACGAAUGCAAACGGAAUCUCCCUGACGGUGUCCAGGAUCAUCUUAAAUCCCAACUAUGAUAGCAACACGUUCAACAACGACAUAGCCUUGCUGCAGCUGUCCUCACCUGUUACCUUCACUGACUACAUCAGACCCGUGUGUCUGGCGGCGGGCGGCAGCGUCUUUAACGCCGGAACGACCUGCUGGAUCACCGGAUGGGGAACCAUCCAAAGUGGCGUUCCUCUUCCUUACCCGCAGAAGCUGCAGCAGGUGAGCGUUCCCAUCGUGUCCAACAGUGAUUGUAAUACCAACUACGGUGGUGCAAUCACAGGCAACAUGAUGUGUGCCGGUCUGACCCAGGGAGGACAGGACUCCUGCCAGGGGGAUUCAGGCGGCCCGUUUGUGAGUAAAAACGGCUCGAUCUGGGUCCAGGGUGGAGUGGUGAGUUUUGGAAAUGGCUGCGCCCAGGCUAAUUUCCCAGGGGUCUACACCCGAGUGUCCCAGUAUCAGUCCUGGAUCAACAGCCAGAUCAGCACCAACCAGCCGGGAUUCGUCACCUUCACGGGGAACAGUUCAACUUCUGGAACCGCUCACCUGGUUCCCCUCUCAGUUCCUCUGCUGCUGGCCAUCCUACCUGUUCCCUUCUCCCUCUUUGUCCUUUCAUAGGACGUUUAACGAUUUAAUGCACCAGAGUAGAGUAAAAAUCUGUCUCAUGUGUUUUUUUUUUGUUGUUUUUUUUAGCAUUUUGAGAUGAAUUUGCUUUAAAAUAAGCCAAAAAAAUCUGCUCCUGGAAUUAAAUAUUUCCACCUGUUUCCAGCUCAGCUUUUGGAGUCUUGCACAAAAGAGUCAAUAGAGGAGAAGAGAGAGAUCAGAAACUGGUGUACUGACACUUGAUUUAAAAAACGAGGGCUACAACUAAGGAAUGUUUUCAUUUUGAUUAAUCUACUGAUUGUUUUCUCCGUUAAUUUAUUCAUCAUUCUGUCCCUUUCUCUGUUUUGUCUAUAACUUGCUGGAGGUUUUGCACAAAAAAUAUAGAAGUAUAAUGUGAUAAUAACUUGGUUUUGUACACAUAUUAUUGUACCUGAUUUAAAUUGACUAAUUGUUUUGUCUUUAAAAUGCAGAAAACAGAGAAAUAUGUCCUUUAUAAUGUCCACAGCCCAAUUUACUCAAAAGGAUUUGGACCAACAACUGAAAACCCAAAGAUUCAGUUCAUCAUCAUGUAAAUCCUCACAUCAGUGAAGCUGGAACCAGAAAAAAAGUUUGCAUUUCAUUUGUAAAAUCAAUUAACAAAAUAGUUAAAUCAAAUUUAUGGAGCGUCAAUCGUAGUUCUUUAGUGUUUAAUUGUAAUUGGCUAAAUAAACUUAAAAAUUUAAAUCAGCACUACAGACUAUAAAAAACUUUGAAUUCAAAGACACAAUAAAAGAUAAUUGAAACAG